CUACUAAUCAUUUCCGUCAUACCAUGAUGUCCGUCAAGUCCCAACUGGAGAAGCUCGCCAGCAAGGUCGAAAGAGCUGGAGUCCCCUGGGGCCUGGCAAUCUAUCGCACAACUUACACGCCUUUUUCCAACACUCACUUUGCCAACGGUAUUAAGCUCAUCACCGCGCUCGCUAAAUAUAGUGUGCAGAAGUUCGAAGACGCGUCUCCCAAUGACUCUAGAAAUGAGACUGCGAAAUUAUUCCUCCAAGAGAGAUAUGAACCAAUAAUCAUGAACAAUAAGUUUGAAUUUGACGGGAUGUCCCUCGACCAGAUCCGUGCCCACCACCAAGCCCUGGUUGAACGCCCUGUUGGAGAGCGAUUAAUCACUAACGAGUGGUUCUGUGUACUUGUGGAUGAAGAGGUCAUGCAGACAUUGGCUGGUGCUGACCCGGCCACCCUUAUCACGACGCAGAACAUUUCGGAUGACUACAACAAAUACUGGCUUACGGCGGUGGAGUCCGACCCGGAGGAUGAGGAUGACAAAGGGUGGAUGAAAUGCUCAGUUUAUGGGGUCUGGAAUUUGUGGGUUGAUAUGGACGGGCACACGCCAAUGAGUUCCUACGAGGCGCUCUACCCCCGGGGCCCCUAUCUCGGUUAAGCUAGGGUUGGAUCUGUGACCUGGACAGCCAGAAUCUCGCAUGACGGUGUGCCCUCGAAUGUAUGCAAGAGCUUAGAGCCCGUCUACAUGUCUGCGGGGCUCUUCGCAGGGCGGAGAAGCAGCUACGUACCAAGCGAAAGACGCGAUUUGAUAGAUAAAGGGAUCAGAGUGUGAAUAUGUAACUGCGAAGUCUUUGUUGAUUCUGGGGCAUCUCGGAAGACUCUGAUCUAGUGCAAUAGUGGUUGAGAACAGGCGGGUGUAGCUUAUCGCAGGCCAAGGGGCUGGACAACUGUAGUUCUUGUCACAUUUACUCGUUACUCGGGUCAUUAUCCCA